ACGAUAACGACGACGGCUCGACAGAGGACGACUCGCGCGCCGGCUCCGAAGACACGGAAGACGAAAAUCAAAUUCUCGACAGGGAGCUCGAGGACGCUCUGGUGCAAUCCGCCCUUUCGAGGAUACGCAGGGCCAAGGCCAAGGGUAGACAGGAUGUCAAGCUGAACAAGGAGGAGCUUGCCGCUCUCGAACGCAGACGGAAACGGCUUCAAGCCGAAGCCGAGGCGGCAAAGCGACUUAACGGCGGCGAUCGCAAACGCAAAGAAAAAGAGCAUCGAUCCUAGCCAACAGCUCACCGGUCCCCCCAUGGGACGCUUCCCACCACCUCACGCCGCUCGCACACGCUCUCGCUCGCGCGCGGCAUUCUCCCGUGAUCCUCACCCCGAAACGCAAGAAACUGUACCUUUCGAUUAUCAGUACGUAAAUGCACCUUCUAAUCAGCGCCACGUCUCCGACACCGCAAUCAGACCCUCGCCUUCACACAGGUCUCCGUCGUCCCAAGAGUACAGGGAUCCCUUUCAGUACCAAACGGAAGGUCCGCGCGCGCCCUAUACCGAGGGUACCCCGCCCGGAAGAUCCAGUGUAUCCGGCCCGCGCAGGAGUACCCGCGCCGCAGUCAGGGUUAGCCCGGGACCCGAGAGCAGCGACGAGACGAACGAGGAAGGCUAUUACGACGAGCCGAGAAGGGGCGACGAUCGCAGGAAGAGUACCCACAGCCCGUCGAGGAAUCGUGGCCGAGAGGCUAUCGUGGUCGAGGCGGCCUCGCCAGAGCCAGAGCCGGAGCACCGACGGUCCAGGAGCAAGAAGCCUUCCCCGCCCGACCAGCCGUCGGGGAAGCGGAAAUCUGUGAGUAGCGGCAAGAAGCGCAGAGGAAAGUGAAGGGUGUCGGGAACGUCAGGAUCGAUCGUCACGACAAGCUAGAGCAUAGUUGUACACGUAAUAAUAUAGGGACCUUUAUAGACCAUGUUUAAAUCUGCAUCUGUUUGCUUUUUAUAUCUCUCUUUUCUAGCAUGGACUUCCUUCCUCGUGCCC